ACUUUCCGCCCGGGCCGCCAUUCUCUCGUGCCCGCGCCGGUCGGUUGGUGGCGCCUUUGUCCUACGACGGACGGGUACGAGAACGAAGGAGGAGGCCCCAGCGGCCUAGGCGUGUGCGACGGCAGCGGUGGUGGCGGUGGCUGCCCCUUGAGGAAAAGAACGGCAGGGGAAGGCUCACGGCUCUGGUAGCGAUAUUAAUAAGGCAGCGGAAAGAAGAAAUAUGAAUACGGCUCCAGCAAGACCCAGCCCAGCACGAAGGGAUCCAUAUGGUUUUGGAGAUGGUCGGGAUGCAAGACGGGAUCGGUCCCCAGUUCGAGGCAGCCCAAGGAGAGAGCCCAGGGAUGGCAGGAAUGGCCGAGAUGCCCAAGACUCCAGAGACAUGCGGGACCCCAGGGAUGCCAGAGACAUGCGGGACCCCAGGGAUUCUAGAGACAUGCGGGACCCCAGGGACUCUAGAGACAUGUGGGACCCCAGGGAUUCUAGAGACAUGCGGGACCCCAGAGACAUGAGGGACCCAAGAGAUCCCAGAGACAUGCGGGAUCCCAGAGAUGCCAGAGACAUGCGGGAUCCUCGGGAUAUAAGAGAUCUCAGGGACCUUGGAGAUCCUCGAGAGCUGAGAGAUCCCAGGGAUAUGAGAGAUCUACGUAAUAUUCGGGAUGCCCCACGAGACACUAUGUAUGAGAGAUACCAAGAUGUGAGGGAUUCACGAGAUCCUGUCUAUAAUAGAAGAGAAGAAUCAUAUGACCGUUAUCUGCGCAUGGAAGAAUAUUACAGAAGGAAGGAUGACACUUAUUUUGAUCGUUACAGAGACCACUUUGAUGGACGAGCUCCCCCAGGCCCAGAAAAUCAAUCCCGUGCUAAAGAGCGUCUGAAGCGUGAAGAACGGCGUAGAGAAGAACUGUAUCGUCAGUAUUUUGAGGAAAUCCAAAGGCGCUUUGAUGCUGAAAGGCCUGUAGAUUGCUCUGUGAUCGUGGUCAACAAGCAGACAAAAGACUAUGCUGAGUCCGUGGGAAGGAAAGUUCGAGACCUAGGCAUGGUGGUAGACCUAAUCUUCCUCAACACAGAGAUGUCACUGUCACAGGCCCUGGAGGAUGUUGGCAGGGGGGGGUCUCCUUUUGCCAUCGUCAUCACCCAGCAACACCAAGUUCAUCGCUCCUGUACAGUCAAUAUCAUGUUUGGUACUCCACAAGAGCAUCGUAAUAUGCCCCAAGCAGAUGCCAUGGUGCUGGUAGCAAGGAACUACGAACGCUACAAGACUGAAUCUCGGGAGAAGGAACGAGAGGAAAUUGCCAGGCAGGCAGCCAAGAUGGCAGAUGAGGCCAUUAUGCAGGAAAGGGAACGAGCAGCAGCAACCCCCAUGGAAGAAGGGGUACGAGGAGGCCACCCACCUGCCAUCCAGAGCCUCCUCAAUCUACUGGCUGAUAACAGGUACCUCACUGCUGAAGAAACAGAUAAGAUCAUUAACUAUUUACGUGAACGGAAGGAACGGCUUAUAAGGAGCAGCACAGACCUUCUGCCAGCUACUAUUUCCGGCCAACCCCUUGGGGCAACUUCGGGCACUUCACUGAAUUCCCAGUCCAGCCUGCCUAGUCCCCAGCCUCUCCAGAGCAGUCAGGCACUCCCUCCGGCUACACCAGCUCCAGCAUCAGCCCCCACCCCACAGCAGGAGCUUCAGGCCAAAAUCCUCAGCCUCUUUAAUAGUGGUGCCGCCACUGCUGCUGCUGCAGCUGUUGUGGCCAACAGCAGUCCUACCCCUGCCACAGCUCCCCCAGCAGGUACACAGAACCAGAAUUUUGCCACCUUGGCUAACAACCAGUCUCAGCAGAGAUCACAGGCCUCAGGCAACCAGCCUCCAAGUAUCUUGGGACAGGGAGGCUCUGCCUGCAACGUAGGCCCCAGGCCCGGGGCUCCAUCUCAAGGGCUCUUCGGCCAGUCUUCCAGUCGCCUGGCACCUGCAAGCAAUGUUGCUGGCCAAAGGCCAGUGUCCUCCACAUAUAUCAACUUUGAUAAUCCAAGUGUACAGAAAGCCCUGGACACCCUGAUCCAGAGUGGCCCUGCCCUCUCUCACCUGGUGAGUCAAACCACAGCACAGGUGGGACGAUCCCAAGCCCCCCUGGGAUCCUACCAGAGGCAUUACUGAUGCUAAUCUAUCAAUCCCACCCUCCCUUCAUCCCCACUCCUCCCUCCUUUAACCAUUUACCACAUUUUUACAGUUUUUCCAAGGGUGCUCCGUCCACCUGACCAUAUCCAUAUUGAGUGUCAUGAGCCUAUAUCACCACCUUUCCUUCCCACACCCGGCUCUGUUGAUCUCCCUUUAUGGGCAGAGUUUGAUAGGCUUCAGAGUUUACGGAGCAGAAGAAUAAGUGUCCAAGCUGAGUUGGCAAUCUCAGUUCCUUGGGCUUAGGGGAUGAAGAAGCUGAGGCCUGGGUUUGGCCCUUCUUUGGGCCAGCAGAAAUAAGUUUGUGUCCCACUUAGUUUGGAAUGUCAUUUGUUCAUCAUGGUCCAGAGCCAUUGCCUCUACUCAUUCAAACAACCACCAGCCUCCUUAGGAAAGGCAGCAUUGAAAGGAAAGCUUGCCAAUUUAACACAGCACAAACCUGUAUUCUGCAAAGCCUACUCAGGGGAGAAUCAAGAAAGCAAUUGGCAAACUGGGUUUGAGUAGACACAGUGUCACUGAAGUUGCUUCCUUCCAAGAAAAGAGGCAAAAGCUAGAAGGAGAGAAGCCAAUUUGGGGUUUGAUAAAAUCUUCCCUCAGGGUUUGGGGACAGAAUUGGCCACAGUGUAGCCAUGGCCAUUUCAGCUUGUUCAGGGUUUUUGCAUUUAACUUAGCCAUCCCCACAGACCAAAUAGUUCGCUCACUAACAAUUUAGCCCAGAUUGUAUGCCCAUUCCCCAGGUCUCUGUCCUGUAACUAGCCUAGAAGCUUCCCCACAGGUGGUUAUCAGGUGGAGGAUAGUAAGGAGCCUAUAACAUAAGCAAAUGCAAUUCUAGAACCUGGCCCUAGAAUUCCAUUUUCUCAGAAAAAAAAAAAUUUUGAGAGAUUAGCUUGGAGAAACAACUGUUCAUCUCAACCCACUUCUUUGGUUUUUUGAGGAGAGGAGUUGUGGGCAAGGGAUAAUUUAAGGGCAGUUCUAGCAGCUGCAGUGCAUCUUGGUUUGGACACCCAACCUUCCAUUCCCAAGUUUUGAGCCUGAAUGAAAUUGUUGGUAGGAGAGCAUCUGGCUUCUGCUCUCCAUUGGCACCAAAGGAAGCUGCUCUUUCCUUGGGGAAAUGCUCAUUUCAUCCCUCUGAGCCAAAGCCUCUGGGGCUUGGGAGGGGCCAAGAGGUUGGGCCUCUAGCUGUGCCAGGGCCUGCAGCUAUUUGAACAUGGUUUAGAAAACUCAAGGUCCCUUAGGUGGCAGCUUUUUAUGUUCCAACCUGUUUGUGUUAUAUAGUGUUUUUUUUUUCUCUUUGAAGCUCUUGUGUUGUUAAUAAGUUAAGAAUAUUACUUUUUAAUUAAAGAAGAAAAAUGCGAAAACUGUGUCUGUCCUAUUGGAUGGUUUUUAGUCUGAAUAUCUGAAAUGGACCUCUCUGGGACAUCUCAACAUGGAAUCAAAUAAUGAUAUUACUGAUUAAAUGGCUUUGAGUGUUGCAUUUCAUAGUAUCCUUACACUAAAUGCUACCUUUCAGCUACCCAACCAACCAAUCUACUCAUCCAUUCAAGGUCAGUUGCUAUCUUGGGCAGAAUAUACCAGAAGUUUUUUUAACUUCUGGUACAGCUCACUUAAUGAUGAACUCUUAAUAACUACCUGUAGCAAAUACCUGUUAGAUAAUUAUAUUUUAUACUUAGAAUUCUUGUUUCAGCGAUAGUUUCUCCCACAUGAUUCCAUACAGACUCUACUCUUGUCCUUUUGGACUUCGUGAUUCCCUAUUCUUUGUGAUGAUUAUGGGAAGGAGUUUCCAGUGCCCAAUUCCUCACCCGCCUGAACAACUUCACCAUUUCUCCCUGAUCACUCAAAAAGCAGUUAAGAUCUUAAGCUGAAAUGCGCUUUAGAGAUGAUGAUGUCCAGCCCCUUCCUCUUAUGAAGGAGGAAACUGAGGCUCAAGUGGGGAAAAGGGACUUCCUUAGGUCUGCACAACUAGUUUAGAUCUCCCAACUUCCAGUCAAGUGCUUUUUCCACUACAUCACAUUCAUUUCUUUGUCCAACGGGAUCUAGACUGGCGAAAUAGUAGAGUAUCCAGAAAAGAAAGCCCAAUUCUGGGAAAGGCAAUUAGGCCUGGGCCUUUCAGAUCCUAUGAAACCCAUGUCAGUAAGAAAGUCUGCUUCCUUAAAGAAAACAGUGUUCCCCUGAACAUCUCUUGCCUUGUUCCCUUUUCUUUCAAAUAUCAACUUGAGACGCCGCAGGCCAUGAAGGGUGUAAUAAAAUUCUUUUUAUUGCAUUUUGUGCAGACAAGAGUCUAAAAAAUUAAUACAGUAAAAGCUAUAAAGCAUUAAACAGGAGCAUUCAACAAUUGAAGAGAGAACCGACCCCUCCCUUUUAAUAUUGGCACAAAAAACACAAAGAUAAAUACUGAGAAGGAAUGCUGAAUACCCAAACACUUGCACAGAAAAUUAAAGGCAAGCCCAAGAAUAAGAAUAAUAAAUACUCUGGUUUUGGUUUGCAACCUGUCCUAUUUACAAGGUCUUUAAACUUCUUUGCAUUGCCCUGCACAGAGAUCUCUAAACACAAAAGCAUACUAGUCACUACAAGGCUAUUGAAAUAUUGCACUCAGAAUAAAAGUCACUUGGAUGGACAUAAAACAUCAAGCUACAGUGAUUAUAAAGGUAAUUUAAUGAAUGACUUGUGGGAACAUUCAUAACAAAUAUAUUGCACAUGGAGCACAGAAAAGGGAGGGGAAUUUUCAGGGGUCUGAGUUUUUUGUCAUCCACAGAAACUCAGCCCAUGGGGCUGCUGCUUACGGCUGGGAUCUUAGGUCUUGCCAGCUAGGGAGUCUGGGACUAGACGAUGCAGCUUAGUGCCCUGAUUGAUGUUGGCGCUGCCUUUUCUUCAAACCAUCCUUAGGCAAAGGUCACACAGUUUCUAGGACUGAUCUGUACUAGGACUGCCUUUGGCCAGGGUGACUAGGACUUCAUAUUUUUCAAGCUCCUGGUCAUUUUAUGAAAUCUGACCUGGGAGCCCUAAUGCAUCUCCAUUCCUGAUCAAACUGCCUCCCCCACCCUCCAUAC